GUUCUGUCACACUGAUAUAAGAGGAUUACAACUCAACAGAAGACUACACAUUCAACCAAACUCCUCAGGAGACUGGAGCCCUAUCUUUCUCUUGAAUGUUUUCCCUUGUCUCCUCAGUGGCCGCCAGUGCUAUUUGAUUUAACGUAUCUUCCCAAGUCCAGUUGGCUCCUCAUUUCACGCACCUCGGUAGUUCCAAGUCAACUAGUUCCUCAUCACCAUGGUGAUGUCCCAGGGCACGUACACCUUCCUGGCCUGUUUCGCUGGGUUCUGGUUGGUGUGGGCUCUCAUCGUCAUGCUGUGCUGCUUCUGUAGCUUUGUCCAGCGUCGUCUGAAGAGGAGGAGGGAGGAGAGGCUGAGGGAGCAGUGUCUAAGGGCCCUGGAGAUGGAGUCACUGGAGUGCCUGGGCACAGCGGGGUUGGCUGGGUACCCUCCAUCCAGAGAGCCCCUCCAGUUCUGCCCCCCGCUGACCCUCUCCCCACCGCUGCACAUUCCCCGAUCCCUCCCCGAGGGCAGCUGGGCGUCCCCACAAGAGACGGACGUGUUUGGGAAGCCCCCCUGCUACGAGGAGGCUGUUCUGAUGGAGGACCCCCCUCCCCCCUACUGUGAGGUGCUGGCUGACAGCCGGGGGGGCACCUACACCAAGCCCACCCCCCAGACCUCCAGGCUGGAGCAGCAGGAGCCUGAGACCUCCAAGACUCCCCCUGUCACAGUGUUCUCUGAGCGGGGCUACUCCUCCUUGAUCCGCCUGCCCACCGCCCGACGCUGGGACUCCCUGGGUCACCUGCUCUCCACAAUGGACCUCAACCACAACACCCUCCCCACGGAGCCCCUCUCUCUGCAGGCCCAGGCUACCGUCACCAUACCCCGCGAAGGCCGGACUCACACACACCCAGAGCUGGGGCUGAGAAGUAUCCAUGGGCUCAGGGGGCUAGAGCAGAGCUGUGGCUUUCCCACAGCCUUCCCUCUGCUGGGUCGCAGCACAGCCGUGUAGGCCUGACUAACCCUCCUGGAGGUGGGGGUCAGACUGGAGCUAAGGACACUUGGUUGAGGUGGAGAGGCGUUGGGUUGGGUUUGAGGAGUUGCAUCUGGGUGGUAGAGUUGGACUGAUGAUGAAGGGGAUAGACGAGAAAUAUCCUUCAGACUCCCAGCAGCCAGAGGUGUUGACAGAGUGAGAUGGGACACCCUUUCUAAAGAUGGUCCCUCUUCCCAGCCUUCCUCUCAUCCUCCGUCCAUUAUCUGUCUCUCUCUCUACCUCCAAUUCUUUCUAUUCUCUUUAUCUCUUUAGUUGGAUUGAUCUCUCUAUUCUCUGCAGCGUUGCAGCCUGAUGCAGAGCAGCUAUUAUAUGAGUCUGCUGUUGCCAUAGCUCCCUGGAACUGUCUGUUGCCCAUGACACCUUGGGCCCCUAGCGACCUCUCCUCCUCGCCGAGUUUCUAAAGACAUUUUCAUAGGCUUUCUUUGUAUGACUGCAGGUUGAAAGAGGGGGAAAUCUUUAAUGACCUGCAGUAGCUCUGUGUUGCUGUUUCUCUUGAUGUAUAGUAUGUACAGUGAAGGACCAAGAAAGACAUGUUGGGGCAUUCAGCCCAAGUAACUAUCGCCCUGCUCGGAGCAUUGCAAUGUGCAAUGGAAACUUUGUUUUGUAUUGAAAAAGCUCUUCUUCAGCAUUACUGUCAUAUCUUCAAGAUGUUAUGAAGUGGACUAUGAAUAUCAAUUUGAUAACCCCCAGCUGGGGAUUGUUGCUCUUCAGUGUACAGCGACUGCGUGUGUGCGUAUGUGUGUGCCUGC